AUGCCGGAGGACGUAUGCACAGUUAUCCCCAACCACGUGUAUGUUGUGGACACCAAAUUCCUUCGCGAUAAGAUGUGCGGAGUUACUAUCAUUCGGGACGGUGAAGAAGCGAUUCUGGUCGAGGCGGGGUCGACUAUUUCAGUUCCUCACACACUCAAUGCCCUAAAAGAGCUGGGGAUAGACUGCAACAACGUCAAGUAUAUGUUCAUUACUCACGCACAUCUGGAUCACAGUGGUGGGACUGGGCUUAUAUUGCAGUCCCUGCCCAACUGUACCGUGGUGGCACAUCCAGCGGCUGCCCCCCACAUAAUUGAUCCUCAUGACAAGUUAGUGCCAGCAGCGAUACAGGUAUAUGGCGAACAGGUCUUCAAUCAAGACUAUCCAGGGAUCGUUGGAAUGCCCGCCGACCGCAUGAUCAGCGCCGAAGAUGGCUCCGUCUACGGGGCUGCGUCUUCACUACUCAAGCUUCGCGUCAUCCACGCUCAUGGACACGCCUUUCACCACGCUGUCUUCUACUCAGAGGCACUGAAGAUCCUCUUUGCGGGUGAUGGCCUCGGCUUUUCGUUCAGCGAAAUCAACUUCUGCCCACUGCUUUGCACAACGCCAACGCAGUUUGAUGCUACAGCAUGGCGCAAGACUGUCGACAUCGUCAGCAAGCUUGACGUUGACUAUCUGAUUGCUACUCAUUUUGAUUGUGCCGAGAAGAAUUCACUUCAGCGUCGCUGGGACUGCAUACUGCGCCAGCUGGAUGACUAUGAAGCCCUUAUCGCGGCAAGUAAAGGUCGUGAUGAGGUCAAAUCCAAGUACAUGGGUAUCAUUCAGAAAUAUUUAGACGAGUACGGUGUCAAGCUGUCUUCCGAGCGCGUGUACGCCCUUAUCUAUGGAGACAUCAAUGUUGAUGGGUUAUGGUAUCGCGUUCAACGCAAUCUAGCCAAAGCGUGA